UACUUUGCCGACCCCGUGGCCUCCAAGUACACACAGGGAACCGCCAUUCACUGGUACGGACACGACCCGAAGGAACAGUUGGACGCACCCCAUAACCAACACCCGGACAAAUGGAUGUUAGCCACUGAGGCCUGCGUAGAAGGUGGCGUUAAGCUAGGUGAUUGGAAUACCGCUGAUCUGUAUGCAUCGGACAUCUUGGGGGAUCUGUUGCAUCACGUGAUUGGUUGGGUGGACUGGAAUAUGGCGCUGGACACCCAGGGUGGGCCCAACUGGUGCAAGAACUGGGUGGACGCUCCGUUGAUAAUUAACCCCGAUCUGAAAGAGUAUUACCGUCAGCCAUCGUUCUACGCAAUGGCCCACUUCAGCAAAUUCCUGGCCCCGGGCUCUGUCCGAGUGGACACACCUGUAGUCAACCAGAAUAACAAUCACGGAUUGGUCGGCGGUUUCCGCAGACCCGACGGCUCGAUAGUCAUUAUUGCGGUCAAUACGGAAGACAUUGAGAUUGAUUUGAUAGUAGAGGACGACAAGGCAGCCGGUAAAUUGAUCCAGAAGAUUGCACCUAGAUCAGUACAGACCUAUAAGCCAGCAAGCACAAAAAUUACCAUGAACUAUUUUCUGACCGUAACGCUAGUUAUAGCUGCGUUAACUAUAAACACGCACGGGCUAAAACCAAGUUGCGCCAACCAUAAACAAUUUGGCCAUGAUAGUAUCGUGUGCGUUUGUAGCGAUGCCAAACCGUGCGACAGCCUACAGGGGCCGACAAAAACGGCACCCGGCGUACUGACCCGAUGGGAGUCAACCGCCGAGGGUAAUCGAUUUGUACGGACCGAGCUCAAAUUGGCCCCAAAGGACCAGCACGUUGACCUGGAUCAAAAUGCGGCCCAAUUGCACGUUAAACUCAAUAGGGAUGUAAAGCACCAGCAAAUCAUUGGCUUUGGCGGCGCUUUCACCGACUCUACGGGUAUUAACAUUAAGAAAAUGGGCGCUAAAUCUGAGGAUCAUUUGAUUGGCGACUGUUUCGGUAAAGAGGGUCUGGAGUACAAUAUGGGACGCAUACCCAUCGGUGGCUCAGACUUUUCCACCCGUGCCUAUAGUUUAGACGACAAUACUAAUGAUGAUAAACCACUUGCUAAAUUUAAUUUGACCCAGGAGGAUCUCGAUCUUAAGAUUCCGAUUAUUCAAAAAGCCAUGAAAGUUGCCACACACGAUAUUAGACUGUUUGGCAGCCCCUGGUCUGCACCUAAAUGGAUGAAAACAAACAACGAGCUGAUCCACGGCGGCGACAUUAAGGGACAAUACCUCGAUGUUUAUGCCAAAUACUUUGUCAAAUAUCUAGAUGCAUACAAAGCGCAUGGUCUAAACCACUGGGGCAUAACUGUGCAAAAUGAACCAUGGGCCUCUCAGCGCUGGAACUCAAUGCACUUCGACCCGAAGUCAAUGGCCUCGUUUGUGGCCAAUCAUUUGGGACCGGAGUUGGCCCGCAGUGGUUACGGUGUGGACAAAUUGCAAGUAAUGCAACUUGAUCAUAACGUGGGCAUUGUCAAACAGUGGGUGAACGAGUACUUUGCCGACCCCGUGGCCUCCAAGUACACGGCGGGCACAGCUGUCCACUGGUACGGACACGACCCGAAGGAACAGUUGGACGCACCCCAUAACCAACACCCGGACAAAUGGAUGUUAGCCACCGAGGCAUGCGUAGAGGGCGGCGUUAAGCUAGGUGAUUGGAAUACGGCUAACCUUUAUGCUACCGACAUUUUGGGUGAUCUGUUGCACCACGUGAUCGGUUGGGUGGACUGGAAUAUGGUGUUGGACACCCAGGGAGGGCCCAACUGGACCAACAACUUUGUGGACGCACCACUUAUUAUUAACCCUCAGCUCAAGGAGUACUACCGUCAGCCCUCGUACUACGCGAUGGCACACUUCAGCAAAUUCCUGGCCCCGGGCUCUGUCCGAGUGGACACACCCAUAGUCACUCAGAGUAACAAUAAGGCACUGGUCGGCGGUUUCCGGCGCUCAGACGGCUCGACAGUUGUUAUUGCGGUCAAUACGGAAAAUAUUGAGAUUGAUUUUAUUGUCGAGGAUAGUAAGGCUGCCGGCAAACUGGUCCAGAAAAUUGCACCUAGAUCAGUUCAGACUUAUGUUUAUUAUGAUUAGGUUGUAUUGAUU